AUGGCGUCUGAAAAUUCCAAACCAGAGGUCGCGUUAGAGAGUUCUAAGGUAGAAACAAUAAGCAAAGCCGUAGAUUCACUUCUCAAAUGGCACAAAUCGCGUUUGGAAACCGAAAAACCUAAACUUUUCGAAGAUGAAGAAUUCGUCUAUCUCGUAUUAACCCUAAAGAAGAUUCCUUCCAAUGGCCGCGUUAACCCUCACAAGAUUCCCAUCCCUCACCCCCUUCUCUCCCCUUCAUCGGAGCAAUGUCUCAUCAUCGACGACAGAGCCAACAAGCCUGCUCGUCUCACCAAAGACGAAGCUCAGAAGAAGAUUCAGUCGGAGUCUAUUCCUAUCGCGAAGGUUCUCAAGCUCUCGAAGCUUACUACGGAUUAUCGUCCGUUUGAGGCGAAGCGUAAGCUGUGUAAUUCGUAUGAUCUGUUUUUUGCUGAUAAAACUAUUGUGCCUUUGCUGCCGAGAUUGCUUGGGAAGCAGUUUUUUAAGAAGAGGAAGCUUCCGGUGCAGGUGGAUUUGAAGAAGAAGAAUUGGAAGGAGCAGAUUGAGAGAGCGUGUUCUUCGGCGCUGUUGUUUUUGAGGACUGGGACUUGUAGUGUUCUGAAAGUGGCGAAGUUGAGUAUGGAGAGGGAUGAGAUUGUUGAGAAUGUGGUUGCAGCGAUGGAGGGGGUUGUGGAGGUUUUUCCGAAGAAAUGGGGGGUUGUUAGGUCUUUUCAUGUCAAGUUGUUGGAGUCUGUUGCGUUGCCUGUUUAUCAGGCUGUUCCUGAUGUUAGGUUGAAGAUUGAGGGGGUUAGGGAUUUGGAGGCUGCAUUGGAGAAGGAUGAGAAGAAGGUUCGUGAUGGGAAAGACGGGAAGAAGAGUAAAAAGGGGAGGAUUCAUGAGAUUAAGUAUAUGGAUGAUAGAAUGAGCGAGGAUGGUGAUGUUCGUAGUGAUGUUGAUGUCGGCGUUGAUGAUAUUGAUGAUGAUGCCGUUGGCGGCGGUGAUAAGGUAGAUGAUAAUCACGAGGUUGGUGAGAUUGAAAGUGGAGGGCUGGGGAGUAAGAAGAGGAAGAAAGGAGAUAAAGGAAAGAAAGAGGCAUUGAGUGAGUUGGGCAGUGUGAAAUCGUUGAAGGGUUCUGCUAAGAGGAAGAAGAAAGAUUUGUUGGAGACUGUGAAUGCUGCGGAAGAAGAAGGUUCCAUCAAGAAGGGUAGUGAAAAGAGAAAGAUAUUGUCUGCGAAAGACGAGGGUUCGGACAAGAAGAAGAAAAAAGGGUCGGUUGUGAAAGCUGCUACUGAAGAUUUGAUCAAGAAGAGUGAGGAUAAAGUAUCGAUUGAGGAUGUGGGUUCGGACAAGAAGAAGAAAAGAGGGUUGGCUGUGAAAGCUGCCACUGAAGAUUUGAUCAAGAAGAGCAAGGAUAAAUUAUUCACCAAGGACGCUUCUUCAGACAAGAAGACAAGGAGAGCCGAUGUGAAGGUAAAGGGUAGGAAAAGUAAGAAUGCUGCUGUAUGA